UCGGGUUAAAAAAAAGACAAUCAAUUUCAUCAAAGACCUUGUCCUCCUUGUCCUUGACUAAGCCUAAAUAUUUGAAGUUUUGAGUUUUUGACUUUUGCUGCUGUCAAUGUCAGUCAGUCGCAUGAUUUAUUGAAUAUAACCUCUACAUAAAUUGUACAAAAGUAGGUAGGUACUAGGAUUUAGGCUAUUAAAAUGAGUGGUGAAAAGUUUACUGACAAUGAAAUUCAAGUUCGGCCAGCAAAAAAGGAAGACAUGGUGGCGGUGGCUGAAAUGAUCCAGGAGCUAGCGGAUUUCGAAAAAAUGCCUGAAGGUCCAAAGUUGUCCCUACAAGAUUUGGAACGUGAUGGGUUUGAGUCGAAGCCGUCGGCGUUCAGUUGCAAGGUGGCCGAACUACAAGAGGGCCGAGGUGCCCCGAGCGUGGUGGGGUACGCGCUGUACUUCCCCACGUACUCCACGUGGGAGGGCCGCGCCAUGAUGCUGGAGGACCUGUACGUGCGCCCCGCUGUACGCCGCCGCGGCGUCGGGCACAAGCUGUUUGAUUCUGUUGCUAAGGAAGCACAUACCAGCGGCUGCUCUCGCCUAGAUUUCCAUGUGCUGGAGUGGAAUGAUGCUCGAUCAUUCUAUGAGAGUAAGGGUGCUGUCAACCUGACCAACAAGGAGCAAUGGUGUUACUAUCGCCUGUCUGGUGGUGCUCUGGAGCAGGCGGCUAACAUGGGCAAACCUAUCUAGGACAGACAA